AACGCGCGUUUAAUUACGGUCCCGCUAUCAACGAUAUCUGCAUUCCGUCCUCUCUCGCCGCGGGACUAGGUGUGUCUCUCUUGGGGUGGAAAAGAGAGUGAGCUUGUUUGCACACCUUGUGUCUGAGCAGCAAGAUGACGGACCAGCUGGGGUUCCACAACCUGCCCUUCCUUGCCCACAGAAAGUCCGUGAAGCGCGGAUUCGAGUUCACGCUCAUGGUAGUCGGCGAGUCUGGUCUCGGGAAGUCCACCCUCAUCCAGUCCCUUUUCCUGACUAACUUCUUCGGCAACAAGACGUCUCCUGCAGCCGGUGAGCGCAUUGACCAGACGGUGAGUAUAGAUGCUACCACCGUGGACAUUGAGGAGAAGGGAGUGAAGCUAAGACUGACUGUAGUGGACACGCCUGGUUUUGGAGAUGCUGUCAACAACCAGCAGUGCUGGCAGCCAGUCAUCGACUACUGCAAUGAGAAGUAUGACCAGUACUUGAGAGAUGAGUCAGGCCUCAACCGAAGGAACAUUGAAGACCAUCGCGUCCACUGUUGCCUCUACUUCAUCAACCCUCUCGGCCACGGAUUGAAGCCACUCGACAUAGAGUUCAUGAAGCAGCUCCACAAUCUAGUCAACAUCAUUCCUGUCAUAGCCAAGGCUGACAUGCUCACACCCAAGGAAAUCAAGGCCCUCAAAAUGAAGGUGUGCUCUAUAUGGUCACCAAGUUUUUCUAAUUCAGACAUACCUUGCUUGACUCAGUCCACUGUUGGCUGUGUACAACGUGGUCUUGGGAAUCUAUUGAGAUGCCAAGUGUAUUCAUAGCGUGUGUAAAGACUAUACAGCCCUCCUUGUGUCUCUAUGUGGUUGUUGUAUUGAUCGUGCCCCCCCAACAUACACACACUCUCCCCCCCUCCCUGCCGGUGUGUCUAGAUAAUGAACGAGAUUCAGGAGAACGGAAUCAAGAUCUACACCGGAGAGACAGACGAUGAUGAGGAGGACAACGCUGACAUCAAGGAGCUCAAGGAGAUAAUACCGUUUGCGGUGGUGGGCAGUAACACACUGCUAGAGGUGAAUGGGAAGAGAGUGAGGGGGCGGCUCUACCCCUGGGGAGUGGUCGAAGUUGAGAAUAAAGAUCACUGUGACUUUGUCAAGUUGAGGACGAUGCUCAUCAGGACCCACAUGCAAGAUCUGAAGGACUACACUCAAGACGUCCACUACGAGAACUUUAGGAAGAAGAAACUGAUGCAAGGCUCUCCCGGUCGCAAGGUCUCUGAAUACACUGACUACAACGUAGGAGGGACACCAGACGAUGCUGUCAAGGCAGCUGCUCUCCAGGCUAAAGAAAAAGAGCUGGAGGACAUGCGGCGACAGAUGGCAUUGCUACAGGCUCAGCUGCGAGGAGCACAGCAGAGUGACGCAGUCUGAAUGAUCCCUGUUCAAUUUGCCCCCUGGAACACACUACAAUACGUUAUUUCUUCUAGAAUAUACAUGUACCUACACUACAAUUCUAGCUUCAACACAGCUCUUGCUUGCCAUAUGAUCACGUCGUGACUGUUAACAACAACACAGCUAUUUCACAGAAUUCUAGGAUAUUAUAAUUGUUAUUUUCACUACGUGUAGCAGUCAUUCACCUUUUGUAGAUUGUUUUGUAAAACUGCAAGCGCAAAGUGGAAAACGAUAAAAUGAAAGUGGGGG